CCCUCCCCUCUCGUCUCCAAAAGUUCCAAGUCCUCCAUUUCUUUCUCCUAGCUUACAAGCUGGAGCUAGCCAAUUCAUCCAUCUGUUCCUGGGUUAAUUAGAUAGGGGGCCGGGGUUUUAGAGGUGCUUUGGAUCGACUACCGAUCAAAUAAGCGCGUGCGUGGUAGCUGGCGAUGAUCAUGUCGGACCCGGCGAUGCUGCCGCCCGGCUUCCGGUUCCACCCCACCGACGAGGAGCUCAUCCUCCACUACCUCCGCAACCGCGCCGCCGAGUCGCCGUGCCCCGUCUCCAUCAUCGCCGACGUCGAUAUCUACAAAUUCGACCCAUGGGCCCUUCCAUCCAAGGCUAACUACGGGGACAGGGAGUGGUACUUCUUCACGCCGAGAGACCGCAAGUACCCGAACGGCGUCCGCCCGAACCGCGCGGCGGGGUCCGGCUACUGGAAGGCCACCGGCACCGACAAGCCCAUCCGCAGCAGCGCCACCAGCGAGAGCGUCGGUGUCAAGAAGGCCCUCGUCUUCUACAAAGGCCGCCCGCCCAAGGGCGUCAAGACCAACUGGAUCAUGCACGAGUACCGCCUCGCCGCUGCCGACGCGCACGCCGGAAACACUUACCGCCCCAUGAAGUUCCGCAACACCUCCAUGAGGCUGGAUGACUGGGUGCUGUGCCGGAUCUACAAGAAGACGAGCCAGAUGUCGCCCAUGGCGGUGCCGCCGCUGUCCGACCACGAGCAUGAUGAACCGUGCGCCUAUGGCGGGGCGUCCAGUGCCGGCAUGGUCAUGCAAGGGGGCGCUGCUUACCCGGGGCACGCGCUGGCGGGCACGCAGAGGAUGCCGAAGAUCCCGUCCAUAUCGGAGCUGCUCAACGAGUACUCACUGGCGCAGCUCCUUGACGAAGGCGGCGCCGGGGACAUAGCAGCACGGCCCGAUCAACACGCCGCCUUCCUCGGCCACCCCAUCAUGAAUCAAUAUCUUGUUAACAGCAGCGGCAGCAACAACAACAACAUGUCGCAGCUUGCGCAGACGGCGGCAGGCGGCGAGGGAGCUGCCGGGAAGCGCAAGAGGUCGGAGCACGGUGGUGAUAAUGGGUUGACGAGCCAGCAAGCGGCGGACAAGAAGCCCAACGGUUCUUGCUUCGGCGCAACUACGUUCCAAAUAGGCAGCAACCCCUUGCAGGGGUCCCUAGCCCCGGGAAAUCAGAGGCUGCUCCAUUUCUAACAUGGGGAUCGGAUCGGAUGAACUGAUGAUAGAUAGAUACGGGAUACUGUUUCUGCUGCUUCAGUCUGAAUUAUACAUGGUGUACUGGUGAUCUGGAGAACAAUUGUUGGGGGGUGAUUUAUUACACCAGAUAGGUCUAAAUUAGACAAAUUAUUGGUCAAUAUAUAUGUGGAGAAGGGAUUGUACUUGUACUCGCAUCAGGUGUGUCGAACGAGUGAACGACUAGCUAGGUGCCUAGGUCCAUCGUAGUAGAUUUCGUUUAUGGUGUGUAGACAUUUUUUUAAUUUAUAUUAUACAUACUAUGUGAUUGAUGCUUAGUAGUACCAAACUGGAUAGGGCUUGAUAAGACCUUGAGAUCGACGUACUGGAAAACCGGAACCAGAGAAAGAUGUCAAGAUGAAGCCGGAUUUGCUUAUAGUCAUGUAAACCAGUGAAAGAAAUGAUUCUUUAAUGGAGCCAUAUACUAUAUAUGUCUUGU